AUGAACUCUCUCUCAUACGAACACUUACCACUCAACCCAGCCCUAUCGUCAAUAAGACUGCUUGUCAUCCAACCGGCAGAAUGGGAUGCCUCUUUGGAGGCUGAAAUGACAGUUGUCAGCUUGGUCAACAAACCGAUCUACGACACGCUUUCUUACGUCUGGGAAACAGAAAACCUGAAAGACAGAAGUAAGAGUAUACUGAUCAAUAGCACUCCUGUCCCACUAUCUGAUACUCUGUUCAAUGCUAUUCGCGUGCUCCGGCCCCGCCAAGGCGUUGAGAGCACACCUUUACUCAUCUGGAUCGACGCUCUGUGCAUCAAUCAACGGUGCAUCAGCGAGCGAAACCAACAAGUCCAGAUUAUGGGCGAAAUAUACUCUUCGAGUCGGCAGGUCCAUAUAUGGAUGGAUGGCCUAACAUAUUAUUGCCGUGAUCAAAUGGACGAGUCAUGGACUUUCUCCGGCGACGAUGCCGAUUACAAUACUCUAUGGUCUGAGUAUUGCAAACACUUCAAGUUCGCACCAGGGAGCACCGACAAGGCCUCAAUCAUUUCCCCAAGCCACCAUGAUCGGAUCGAUCUCUUCAUGGCCUGGAUCUUCCGGGAGCUUGCCAACGGCACACAUCUUACGGAGGUUACCGCUUUCUUGCCCGUACUAUGCUUUAAUAGACUAUGGCCAGGCGUUCUCAAGCAUCAUAUCGUGAGCUUCUUGAUAGACCCAUGGUUUUAUCGGCUAUGGGUUGUCCAAGAGGCUGCUCUAGCCCCAGUUGGCCGUUUGCAUUUUGGCUCUGUGUCUAUACCGCUCGAAACCAUGAUAUCGGCUGCUUCGAACUACAGACUCCAUAUGUAUAAUGAAUGCUGCACGGUUGCUGGUUUAAGUCGAGCCGCCAUCGACCAGAAUCUGGCUAGCCUUCUCGACAGCUUUCAUGAGUUGGGUGAACUGCGAAAAAACUUGGGCUCGAAGCCCACUGUCCUCGAAUUGGCACUACAGCUCGUGAAAAGAAACGCGACCGAGCCUCAUGAUCUUGUCUAUGCACUUCUUGGUUUAGCGAGAUCUGAUAUUGUGCCCGAUUACGAGGCCCAAAUUGCAGAUAUUCUCGUUGCCGUUUCUGAGGAACAUAUCCGCCUAAGCGGUAACCUAUUGCCUUUAUCUUUUGGGGGGGCACCACAGAUACCACAUUUUUCUGCUUCCGGGAAGCUUAGCCAGGAGAGCCAAGUGACUGUCAUUGAUCACCAGCUAUUAUUACGUGGUAUUUGCGUUGACCAAAUCCAUGCUACGUCACAUCGAAUUCGUUUCGAUGGAGGCGGCUCGCCUAAUCUUUUCACACUAUGCAGCUGUGAUCUUCUUAAAGAACAGACCUCUCACAGCGAACUUCAUGAAAACCAGCUGGUUACUUCAUGGAUAUCUACUCCCGAAAUUCGGGGAAGCCCAUAUCCUCGAGGCGGUACGCGUAUCAAUGCCUGGUGGAGAACGAUGCUCAGAGAUCAUGGUUGGGGUUCUGCCAAGACCCAAAGGGCGACAGAUCGGCAUUUAUCUACCAUUGCUAUACUGAACGAAUUCUGGGCUACAGGUCAGGAUGACUCCGAAGAGAACAUUUCGGAUCAUCUCGAGAAAUCAUUUGGAGUAGACAUGUCGUUUUUUAAGAGCGGCACAUCGGACAGUGAUAUUCUCGCCAAUUCACUUCUUAUUCCUACCAUUUACGAGCAUUUGCUCGAUACUCUGAGGAAGAAUAAGGUUUUUGUAACAAAAGAGGGCUAUCUGGGUAUCGCGAGUAGAGACAUUGGGGAGCAGGAUGAGAUCUUCGUCUUACCAGGAUCAGCAGUUCCGAUUAUAUUACGACCGAUACAUCUCGCCAACAGCGUCAAAGAUGAGAAGCCACACUACAAGGUAAUCGGGGAUUGCUACAUCCAUGGCUUUAUGGAUGGUGAGGCAGUAAAUAGCGCCAGUUUCAAUAUGCAGGAUUUGGUGAUUUCCUAA